GGUCCUGCCUCCCCAACUGCAACACGGCCCAGAGCGAGGGCUCCAUACUUCACUCGCUAGUGUGUUUUUAGCCCUUGUCCCGCUUCCUCCCCCACUCUGCGCCGCCAUUAAAAGCCCUUCAGCUCUGCGGAAAGGACUCAAGAUGAUUUAAAGAGUCAAGCGUGGACAAGCGAGGAGGGACGGGGCUCGAGUGGGUGGAGGCUCUCGCCCUGUGGCUUAUGUGGACCUCCGCCAUCCAGCCGACCGAGUCGAUAUGCGGCUAGUGUCGGCUACGUGAGAAGCCCGAGUGGCUCGGGGUGGGAGUGGGAUCGAAAGGAGUGCACUGUUUCCUUCAGAGUGGACCUGCCAAGCUGAGAACCCCACCGAACGGCAGGGAGACUCCUCGCCGUGGGCGCGACGAUGACCGAGCUGGUCGCCAAGUGGGCCUGUGAAUACUGCACCUACGAGAACUGGCCGUCGGCCAUCAAGUGCACCAUGUGCCGCGCGCAAAGGCCCAGCGCAGGCGCCAUCAUCACCGAGGAGCCCUUCAAGAGGGCUCCGGCGUUGGACCCCGGGGGCCUCAGCAACAGCCCCACCCAGGGGAGCUCCGCUUUGCUCAUUUGCCCCGAUUCCAGCGCGCGGCCCCGGGUCCGUACGGCGGAUAUCCCUGAGACCAGUAGCAAGUGGUCCUGUCACAUGUGCACCUACCUGAACUGGCCCCGCGCCAUCCGCUGCACUCAGUGCCUAUGUCACAGGCAACAUGCUCAACAGCACGCGAGCCAUCAAGGACAGCAGCAGCCACGCAGCCCCACAGAGUCACCUCAAACCUCAGGGUCCGGAUACCGCCCCGCACCCUCCUCCACCGCCACGGACCCCUGUGAGGAAUACAAUGACCGCAAUAGGCUCAACACACACGCACAGCACUGGACCUGCAACGCCUGCACUUACGAGAACUGGUCAAAGGCGCUCAAAUGCGUUGUGUGCGACCACCCGCGGCCCAAUCACAGCCUGCUAGCCGAACCAAUUGAACUGGCCUCCGAGCCCGAGCGGCAACAGCCGUCGUCCAAGUUUAUCGACGCCCACAGGGUGAACAUGCGGGGCGUCGGGGGCAUCGCGGGUGGCCAAGGAGUCGGCGUGGUGGGUUUGGUCGGGGGUUGCAGCACCAGCCAGAGGAGGUCACCGCCUUCCUCCAAACGCGAGUCGGAGGUGAACAUGGAGUUUCAGAGGAUCGAGGUGGCGUCAGGGGCCGGGGUUGGGAGUAAAGAGGAGCUCGAGGUGGAUUUCAAAAAACUGAAGCAGAUUAAGAACAGAAUGAGGAGGACGGAUUGGCUGUUCCUUAACGCCUGUGUUGGCGUGGUGGAGGGCGACCUGGCGGCUGUAGAGUCCUACAAGACGUCGGGGGGCGACAUCGCGAGGCAGCUGUCGUCCGACGAGGUGCACCUGCUCAACCGUCCGUCGGCGUUCGACGUGGGCUUCACGCUCGUGCACCUUGCCAUCCGCUUCCAGAGGCAGGACAUGCUGGCCGUGCUGCUCACCGAGGUGUCCCAACAGGCCGCCAAGUGCAUCCCGGCCAUGGUGUGUCCCGAGCUGACGGAGCAGAUCCGCCGCGAGGUGGCCGCUUCCCUCCACCAGCGCAAGGGGGACUUCACCUGCUACUUCCUGACUGACCUGGUCACCUUCACGUUGCCCGCAGAUAUUGAGGAUUUGCCACCAGCCGUUCAGGAAAAGCUUUUUGAUGAGGUUUUGGACCGGGAUGUGCAAAAAGAGCUGGAGGAGGAGUCUCCCAUCAUCAACUGGUCCCUGGAGCUCGGGACCAGGCUGGACAGCCGGCUGUACGCCUUGUGGAACCGCACGGCCGGGGACUGCUUGCUGGACUCGGUGCUACAAGCCACGUGGGGCAUCUACGACAAGGACUCGGUCCUACGCAAGACGCUCCACGACAGCCUGCACGACUGCUCGCACUGGUUCUACGCGCGCUGGAAGGAGUGGGAGUCGUGGUAUUCCCAAAGCUUCGGCCUGCACUUUUCCCUGCGGGAGGAGCAGUGGCAGGAAGACUGGGCCUUCAUCCUGUCACUGGCCAGUCAGCCGGGAUCCAGCUUGGAGCAGACCCACAUUUUCGUCCUUGCUCACAUACUUCGGAGGCCCAUCAUCGUCUACGGAGUCAAGUACUACAAAAGCUUCCGUGGGGAAACGCUUGGGUUCACUCGCUUUCAAGGAGUGUACUUGCCUCUGCUGUGGGAGCAGAGCUUCUGCUGGAAGAGUCCCAUCGCGCUGGGCUACACGCGCGGCCACUUCUCCGCCCUGGUGGCCAUGGAGAACGACGGCUUCGACAAUCGCGGCGCCGGCGCCAACCUCAACACGGACGACGACGUCACCGUCACCUUCCUGCCGCUCGUCGACAGCGACCGCAAGCUGCUGCACAUCCAUUUCCUGUCGGCGCAGGAAAUGGGCAACGAGGAGCAGCAGGAGAAGCUCCUGCGCUCGUGGCUGGACUGCUGCGUGACGGACGGCGGCGUGCUGGUGGCCUUGCAGAAGAGCUCGCGCAGGCGCAACCACCCGCUCGUCACGCAGAUGGUGGAGAAGUGGCUCGACGGCUACCGGCAGAUACGCGCCUGCGCCGCGCUCUCCGACGGGGAGGAGGAGGACGACGACGACGACGAGUGACCGACGGUGUGUCGGGACUUUGGGACAAACUGUGACGCGCGCGGAGAAUAAAAAGGUUUACAAAUUCAAAAACAACUUUUUGAUUUGUUUCUCCGAUGUGACGACAGAAUUCCGACAUGGAAAUGCACGUAUGGAAAAGCCCUUUGAGAAUUUAGUCAUCAUUUCCUUGAGAUCCAGCUUAAGGUCCUUGUACUAGUAUGCUCAUUGUCCUCACUAGUAAGACAAAUCAGCUCACUCAUAGAAUGACUAAGGUGCUAUUACUAGUAAGACGGUCGUUCAACACUGGGAAAAAAAAAAAAAAGAAGUAAUUUGAACAUGUCCAUUGAUUGCACAUGAUUAAAAUGUUUACUUUCGAGGAGUUGAGGGGAAAAUUAUGUCUGUUCACCACAUUUUAAUUGCAUCUGAAAAUAUUUUUUUUCACAGUGUACUAGAGCGCCGAAUUGCCUUAUUAGUGAGUAGAAAGUGCGUACUAGUACAAGUACCUUAAGAUGCAUAUCCAGGCUACGGAAUAAAUGCGCAAACAUCUUUCCAUAAUUAUGCACGUGGUUGUUUAAAAAACAAAACAAAAAUACAAGUACGUAUAUCCUAAUAUGAACUCUUACCAGCAUCGAUGUGUUCAGUACAAAAACAAAGCACAUAAUUUACUGUGGAUUUUGGAAAAUAACAAAAAAUGGACAAAGCCAUUCUUGUGUUUUCAAAGUUCUACUGAAGCACUGCACAUUUACGACAACAUUUCUACGUGAAUACUCGCUUGAACGAGGUCAAGGAAGCUCUUGAAAAAAGGGAGACGUUCCCUUUAAUAAAUGGACUCACUAUAUUCCUUUUGUUUUUAUUGACAUAUUUAUUAUGAUUGUAUUUGAACGCUUAUAAUCUGUAUAUUUUUCAGCUUUUUCUUUUUGUGGUUCAUCUUGAAGAAACGACAUCACAAUGACGUCGAGUUUACCGGUGAUAUUAUUUUUUUUUGUCGUACCUCAAGGGGAUGUCUACAACUUGGUGCUUGUUUUUCUCGUUUUUCAUUUCCCGUUGCAUCACUUCAGCUCUUUAGCCUCUCCGGUUCACCCUCACGCACCUCAUUUGUCGUAAAAUGUCUCGUCACAGCAAUGACAUCAAAACCAAAGCAGACGGGUAAUUAACAUGUUGUUGUUACCGUUUACUCAACUUUCUUUUCCCUCGGUUUGGAGCCUCCACCUGUGGUGUGUUGCUUGGUAUUGAUGAUGUAAUAUUUGGUUUGUGGAUUCUUUUUUUUUUUUUUUUUCCCAGCAUCACGUCACCGUACAUACAUGGAAGAGUGUAACACACACAAAAACAGAAAUAUGAGCAAAAAACAACAACCAGAAAAAUAAAAACAUUUUUCAAUGUUUUAACUGGUGACUUCUUUUGU